AUGAGGCGUAGGUCCUCUCAGACGACCAAACGAGUCAGAUUCUGGUCACCUAUCUCAGACAUCGAUCGUUCGUCUAAUUCGUCGCUUUCAACGUGCUCUCGAGCUYYAGUACUCUUAGCUACUAGCAAAGCCUUUGCCAUAUCUUUAAAUGGAUCGCCUAAAUUAGUACGUCUUCUCAUUGAUCCUGGAUCAGAGUUGACUUUAGUCUCCUUUAAAAUCAUAGCUAAGCUAAAGCUUAGCCGUUCUCCAGGAAACAUUUCUAUCCAGGGUGUGGGUAGUACAUCUCGAGGAGCGACCCAAGGUCGAGUGUCUUUGGUCUUCCAAUCGACAUACUCGUCAUCUCGGAUUCAUCUUAAGGCAUUCAUUUUACCAAAAAUCACAUCUCAGUUGCCGUCGUCUGUAAUAUCAGAGCAAGAUUGGCCUCAUCUCAGAUCUCUUAAAUUAGCGGAUCCUGACUUUCUCACUCCAAAUCACAUUGACAUACUUAUUGGUGCCGAUAAUCUCAGAACAGUUCUCAAGUCCUCUCGCCUUGUUAUAGGAGGCGACUCAGAACCUAUAGCCUUCCAAACCAGAUUCGGUUGGGCAGUUCUAGGCGCAACUUCCAGCCCAAGCAAGGAAGAAGUCUCAUUUUCCCCCACGUCAACCUUGAGUCUCGUUGAAUCGCAAUGCGAGCAGCACUUUGUURAUACGCACUCUCGAUUGCCAACUGGUCGUUACAUGGUUCGCCUGCCGUUCUCGAAAGACAUAUCCACCUUAGGGCAUUCAAGGUCUUUUGCCAUGAGAUGCCUUGAAAGACUUCUCAAGAAAUUCGUAUCUGAUAGGCAUUUCAAGGAGACCUACACUGAUUUCCUUAAAGAAUAUGAGUCUUUAGGACAUAUGGUUCCUGUUCCUCAGGAUGCUCCUGAGCCAUCUCAGGCGUAUUACUUUCCGCAUCACGGAGUUUGGCGCGAGCAAAGUUCCUCCACCAAACUGCGGGCAGCACAAGUACAUUUUCAUUACGGACAUUGUAAAAAUGUUUCGCCAAAUYCAAGUGCAUCCCAAAGAUCAUGA